CUGAGAAGACUGCCACCAGCUGUGGAUCCCCUUACCCAGAGUGCCUCCACCAUGGCCAGCCUCAGCCUCCCCUGCUGCCUGCUGGGCCUCCUGGCUCUGACCUCUGCCUGCUACAUCCAGAACUGCCCCCUGGGAGGCAAGAGGGCCGUGCUGGAGCUGGACGUGCGCAAGUGCCUCCCCUGCGGCCCCGGUGGCCAAGGGCGCUGCUUCGGGCCCAGCAUCUGCUGCGGGGACGAGCUGGGCUGCUUCGUGGGCACAGCUGAGGCGCUGCGCUGCCAGGAGGAGAACUACCUGCCAUCGCCCUGCCAGUCGGGCCAGAAGCCCUGCGGGAGCGGGGGCCGGUGCGCGGCCGCCGGCUUCUGCUGCAGCUCAGAUGGCUGCCGCACCGACCCCGCUUGCGACCCCGAGACCAACUUUUCUGAAUGAUGACUUGGGGUGGUACUUCGAACAUAUCCCACCGCACCUCUUCCUUUCCAAAGCACCCCUAAAGUAAUGAGAAUCAAACAAAACCACCGCGGUGGCACUCGCCUGUAUACCUAGUGACUGAUGUCUGGGCAGGAAGAUCCCAAGUUCGAUGCCAUGGAGCCCCUGUCUUAAAGUGAAAAACGAUUGGGGCUGAGGAUGUAGCUCAGUGGUGGAGCAGCCCUGUGUGCAAUCCCCUCUACUGCAAAAAUAAAUAAAAUAAAAUGAAAGCAGA